CCUGCAGUACAGCCGCCAGUCUGAGCGCAACACCCGCACAGAGAAAGAGAGAGUGAGAGCGUGAGCCCGCGCGCUCCAAAGCUCCCAACACAACCCAAGUGCGCGCAAAGUGAGAGAAAAGAGCAGCAGCGCCCGCCUCGCGCUCCACAGCCGGAGCAGCAGCAGCGCGUGCAGGGAGCUCGGCGGCAGAGGCAGCGCGCGCGGUCCGGGGGGCAGCUGGCAUGAGCUAACUACUAACCCGCCACCCACCAUGGAGACCAAACCGUUCCUGUCACUGGGGUUCCUGAAGCCCCAGUGCUCUCUGGCUCCGCCCCCUCAGAGAGGCCGUUCAGGGGAAGCUUGCUCCUGUUUCACUGGCAUGUGUCAUCUCCAUCAGCACAGACUGUCCACAGACUCAUCAGGUCAGGUGACCUCGUCUCCCCUGAGCUCGCCUACGUCUCACCGUGGGAUGCACCCGUCAUUGCUCAGCCCGUCUUCCAUCGGGGCCUCUGGGUCUCUCCAUUCCCCCAUCAGCACCCUCAGCUCACCCAUGAACGGCCUGGGCUCUCCUUUCUCCGUCAUCAGCUCUCCCAUGGGCCCCCACUCUAUGGCCUCCCCCGGGAUGGGCUACGGCCCCAGCGUUAGCCCACAGGUGUUCCAGCUGAAUUCGCCAAUGAACUCCGUCAGUAGCUCUGAGGACAUCAAGCCUCCGCUGGGUCUAAACGGCGUGAUGAAAGUACCCGCUCAGCCCUCGGGCACACCCAUCUCCCUCACCAAACACAUCUGUGCCAUCUGUGGAGACCGCUCGUCUGGUAAACACUAUGGCGUGUACAGCUGCGAGGGCUGCAAGGGCUUCUUUAAGAGGACCGUACGGAAGGACCUGACCUACACCUGCAGAGACAACAAAGACUGCAUGAUAGACAAACGCCAGCGCAACCGCUGCCAGUACUGCCGCUACCAGAAGUGUCUGGCCAUGGGCAUGAAGAGAGAAGUGUUGUUACAUGCAGCUGUCCAGGAGGAACGCCAGCGAGCCAAAGACCGAAACGAGAACGAGGUGGAGUCCACCAGCAGCGCCAACGAGGACAUGCCCGUGGAGAAGAUCCUGGAGGCCGAGCUGGCCGUCGAGCCCAAGACUGAGACUUACAUCGAGACCAACCUGGGCAUGCCGUCCAACUCACCGAAUGAUCCGGUCACUAAUAUCUGCCAGGCAGCAGAUAAACAGCUCUUCACUCUGGUGGAGUGGGCCAAGAGGAUCCCCCACUUCUCUGAACUGCCUCUGGAUGAUCAGGUCAUCCUGCUGCGAGCAGGCUGGAAUGAGCUGCUCAUCGCAUCGUUCUCGCAUCGCUCCAUAGCCGUGAAGGACGGCAUCCUGCUGGCCACCGGGCUCCACGUGCACCGGAACAGCGCCCACUGCGCAGGAGUGGGAGCCAUAUUCGACAGGGUGCUGACGGAGUUGGUGUCGAAGAUGAGAGAUAUGCAGAUGGAUAAAACAGAGCUGGGGUGUCUGCGUGCCAUUGUGCUCUUUAAUCCAGACUCCAAAGGCCUGUCGAACCCAGGGGAGGUGGAGGCUCUGAGGGAGAAGGUGUACGCCUCUCUGGAGGCCUACUGCAAGCAGAAAUACCCUGAACAGCCUGGAAGGUUCGCCAAGCUGUUGCUGCGGCUGCCGGCGCUCCGCUCCAUCGGCCUCAAGUGUCUGGAGCACCUGUUCUUCUUCAAGCUCAUAGGGGACACGCCCAUCGACACCUUCCUCAUGGAGAUGCUGGAGGCGCCCCACCAAAUGACAUAAUGACAUCGCAAACUCCCGUUGCCCAGGGAGACGGUCGGAAGGGGGCGAGGCGAUGCUGCCCCUUCCUGCCCCUUCCUCCCAGUGAGACUGGACUGACGACGUGGCGUUAUGGGCAGGAGAGCGCCCGUGCCCUCCACUUGAACGUUCUGCAAAAAGCGCGCUCAUGGGCUUUCGUGCUCUUAUGAUUUGUAUAAAGAUAUAAAUAUAUAAAUAAGUCGAAGUAUCAGAGUAUCAUUGAGUGAUGGAUAAGUGAUGUCGGCGGACUCAAAAGACGACUGAGGCUGUAGGCCACAGAGGCCACAGGAGCGAAUCGCACCAUCCGGAAAACUGCGGCCGAUUGACGAAGCUUUGGAGAGACUCUUUGGAGAGAAAAAAAAAAAUUGGAAAUUGGGUUGGCUGGAGGGACCAGGAACACAAACUGGUGGACGUACAGAAAGAAAGAAAGGCCUUCAGAAAGAAAGAAUAACAGAUGGAUGCAGCUAUGGGAAUUGGAUGACUGGGGGCACUGUUCUCUUGUUCUCUUGUUCUGGUGUUCUGAUGUCCAAGCUUGCUCCAGCCGUCCAGCUGUGUUUAUUCCUUUUUAUAGGAACAGCAAGAAUGAGCAAGAAAGAGGAGGAACUUUGCACAAUCACAAUCACACUGGGGCCUCAGGUCUGAUGUCCAAUUCCAGUGUCUGACGUUGGAUGUCCAUGCCGGGCUGUCAAGGCUAUAAAAGGCUGUAUGAGGCAGUGUGAGGUCUCCAGGAUGGACCAAUGAUGAUGAUGGUAGUGAUGAUGGUGGUGAUGAUAAUAUCAUAUAAUGAUAAUGAUGAGCUUUCCCUCCUUCCUGUGGAGCCAAGAGCCCAGUACUCUCCAACAACUGUCGGUUAUAAACCAGAGACACACAGACAGACAUACGUACAUACGUUCAUACACACAUUUCGUACAGUACGUACAGAAGUUAAGGUAUAAAAUUCAUGGGCAGAGAAGCCUGGAUGUUAUUGGACGCCUUGGUGUUAUUGACUCUGUAAUGUUGUUUGCAGGGCUUUCGGCUUAUGGUGAUCGAUCUGAGCUAUACCGUCCCACUGUUCACUAUAACUGUAUCUGUGUGCUCAGAGCGUGGUUCCCUCCUCCUUCUACAGACAGAAACCCGUCCGCUCUCGCCUCGUCUCGCUGUUCCCGUACUGACUGAUUUCACUGUGUCGGAGAGGAGGACUCUAGUCUAGAUUGCCUUUAUUAUUAUUAAGAUUGGAAGAAGAAUCAGGCGAGGAUCUGAGGAUAUAUUAUAUUACCAUACCUCUGAGUACCUGUGGUACACCAGCUCAAAACAACACCUCAAACGAUCGGACUGCAAUCAGACUGUCCUCACAGUCAGCGUAGCUUUGCAUUAGCUCAUUCAGGCUCAUUCAUUUACUUAUACACCAUGUUACUGCCAGACUCAGUAUUGGUGUCUCAUGUAAUUACCUACCGUUCAAGUCCUCAUGCUAUAGACAGCCAGUGUAUCUGUAUAUAUUAUACAGCUCUGGAAAAAAUAAGAGACCACUAAAAAAAGGAUGAGUUUCUUCGAUUUUACCAAAUUGAAAACCUCUGGAAUAUAAUCAAGAGAAGACGGAUGAUGAUUAAUCACAAGCUGAUCAUCAAAUCAAGCUGAACUUUUUAAAUUUUUGCACCAGGAUUAAAGUCAUAAAGUUAUCUAAAAGCAGUGUGUAAGACUGGUGGAGGAGAAGAACAUGACAAGAUGCAUAAAAAAAACUGUGAUUAAAAAACAGGGUUAUUCCACCAAAUAUUGAUUUCUGAACUCUUAAAACUUUAUGAAUAUGAACUUAAAUCUUUUCUUUGCAUUAUUUGAGGUCUGAAAGCUCUGCAUCUUUUUAUGUUGUUAAUUCAGCUAUUUCUCAUUUUCUGCAGAUAAAUGCUCUAAAUGACAAUAUAAUUAUUUGGAAUUUGAGAGAAAUGUUCAUUUUACUGCAAAAUCAGAGAAACUGAUUCAGAAACUGAAGUGCUCUCUUUUAAAAAAAUUUCCAGAGCUGUAUAUGGAUUACACACCACGGUAUUCCUGUAGCGUUUAACCCACUUAGAGCCCAAGCCCACCUGGAACUCACCUAAUCAACUAAAUUUUAUUAAUAUAAUUUAAACAUAUGAUCCCCACAUACAGUAAAUAUGUUGGGAGUAUGGUAGCGCUUUAAGCGAUCUGGUCUUGGCCUUCACCUUUUAUUUUCUUCUUUAAACCAGCUUCAGCUUAAUUAGUGAACAUUAGUGAACGAGUGCUGGUGAACAUGAGCAGCUAAUUAGCUACGGUUAGGGAGCGAGGACCAAUCAGCACUCACAACCCAACCUGCACUUCUCUGGGCAAACCAAGUGUCGUUUUAGUCUUUUUUUUCUUUUUUUUUUAAGUGUGAAAUAUGUUUCUUGAGCUCUGAAUUGUUUGCAUAAUCAGCAUUUUUCCACAUAUUUUCAUAUUUCCAUAUUUCCGCAUUUCCUUUUCCGUGCUGCUGCUGCUGCUGCUGCUGCUUAACUAUGCAUCUAGCAUUCUUUCCAAAGACUGCCCGUGGUGAGGUUGCUAUCGUUUUACUGACUCUUUACAGCACACCAAACCUGGAGGCCCCAGCAGCCCUGGCCCUUUAAAGCCCACACACCCAGGUGGCGAGCGGCACUCUGCCGGCCUGUGAGGACCAGGGCUGUGGUGCUCCAGUGGAUAAGAAGAAGAAAAAACACAAAGCCAGGCUACAGUAUGUAUAAAGAGCUUUGAAGAAAGGCUUUAGUUCAGUUUACAGUCGAGCGCGGAGGUUGCGACCAGUGAAAAAUGCAGAACGCUGAGGAUAAGAGUGAGCUGUGAGCUCCUCCUAGAGGAGGAGAUGCAGCGGUGCAGCAUUACUUGAAGUAUUUAAUCAGAAAAAAAGGCACUUUUUCAUGAUAUCAAUGUUAUUAUUAUUUUUUUUUCCUCAGCCAGACAUAGGAUAUGACACAUUGGAUAUGAUCAGCAAUAACAUGAUCACAUAUCUGAUUAUCUGAUUAGUUAAUAGGAGUAACUGAGCAUACAUGUGUAUGAACACACACACAUCAUUACAUAAUUGGGUACCACUUUAAAAUAAGACUACCUUUAUAAAAGGUUUAUAAAUGGUUUACUAUUGGUUUAUUAAUGGUUACUAAUUAGGUUUUAAAUGCCUUAAAAAAAAUCAUUAAUAAUCAGUUAUAAUAAUCAGACAUACGCUGAAAGGGCAACAAUAAUCUGUUGUUUGCCAAAUAGUGAAACCACAGACAUCUAUAUUGUUGCACUUUCUAAUUAUGUGUAAAGAUAUAUAGAUGAAACUACAAGCAGUGUUUCAGUAGUGCUGCAGAUUUUUUUUUAAACCUUAUCACUAUCUAUCUCACUCCGAUUUAUAUCAGUAAUUUACGUCCAGAUGUGAUAAAUGAUCCAUAUUUCAGAUGCUGAUCAGGUCUUAAACGGAGGAUUGUCAGACCACGGGGAUCUUGAAGCCAUAUGCAGAUUUGUAAAAUCCCUUCAGUGAUGAAGAACGGCCGUCCUGCAGGAAAAACACGAGUCCUCUGAACUAAAGAUCGACAGGAUGAUGAACACAUGCAUAAAUGCUUUAUAUAUAAGAUAAAGCUAUAUUUUGUUUAUAUGUACAUGUGUAUAUAUUUAUAAAUAAGUAUAUAAAUGCAAAAUCCUUUCCUUAAAUGUUUCCAGUCAACGUUACUAAAAAAAAAAGAGAGCGGCAGGUGCUUUGGAUAAACCUACUUAAAUAUAAAGAAUAAAAAAAAAUUACUUUAAUAAAUAAAUGAAAAAAAAAACAGGCCUAAUUGCACUGUGUCGUUUUCAGAGAUACUUUUUCCGGAGUGGUUAAUGAUGUUUGAAUUGCUGAAGCUUUUGUGUUCAGCUAAAACGGAGUAAAAACAAAACAAAACAAAAAAAAAGAGCAAAAUACCAGCAGCUCCAAACCCUAAGAUAUGAUCCCUCACCAGCUCCUUCACUGUUCGAUAAUCAAUCACUCCUACAGAACCUCAAGAACCGCGAGAGCAGGCCUGGAAGCUGAGCUGGAACGGGCAGGGCGUUCUCUCCAAACGGGGAAUUCUCGUCAUGGUCAAACUGUGAGCUUUCUUUCUGAUCUGAUCUCAGACCUUCAGCUUAAGUGCGGAAAUUGAAUGUGGUUCGAUCUCGACUCCAGAGUUGCAUUCCAAAAUCUAGGCUGCAGCCGAGGUACUGCGUCAUAGAAGACUGUUACGCAUGAAUUAUACAGUCAAUAAAUGCAAUAAUGCAGUUAUAAGAGAGCAGAGUAGUUUUAAGGACACAGCUGAUGUAUCCUUCCUGGUCCUAAAUUAUCCACAAUUCUCUGUGCACAUAAAACGCAAAGAAAAAAACAAACAAAAAAACAGCACAACAAAAAGCACAAAAAUGGCUAUUUAUCUUCAUAAAGACAGAAUAAUAAUCAUAAAGAAGAUUAUUGGCUUCAAAAAUAACAAUAACUAUUCUUGUCAUUUUAGUCCACUGAUUUAUAAUGAUAACAGAAUAGCAAUGCAGUUACUAUCUUUUAAAUCGAUAAAUAUUGUAUUAUUUGUGUAACAGCAUUCAGCAAACUUUAAAUAUGAUAAAGCUAAAUCUCCAAAAUGUGGAAACAAAGCGAACGUCUGUUUACAUUACCAUGACAACGCAAAAAACCUUUUUCAAAAGAUACGCAAUUAAUUUAACAUGGUAAAUAUUUGGAUAGUUUAGUAGUUAGCACACAGAGAUAGUUGCUAAGUUACAGCUCACAAGCUGACGGGUUCUGGUUGGGUUGUUCAGACUAGAAGAGAGGGCGGAGCUAUGUUAGCUUUUUGAUUGGUCAGGGUUGUGAUGAUAUCAGCUCAACUCACUUUUGACCUGCCCAUUCUACAUUAGGUAAAUUGUGCUAAUUUUUAAGGGCUUUAAUGAACUUUUAAUUAUUUUUAAAUAUUUUGAUGGAAUGUAAUUUAAAGUAAAUAUAAUAAAUAUUUUAAUAGCCGUUUGUAUUAGACUGUUCUAUUUGUGGGACCAACAGGCUUCUAUAGUCCCACAGUUUCACUGAGGACCCGCCCUACCUCGACUGCAGCCUAUAGGAUUUGAAAUGCAGCUCUUGAGUUAAGUCUUCAGGAAGAAUAAAAUCAGAUCAUAUUUAAAGCUUAUAAAAAGAACCUGGUUUGACGAGGACGAUUUUAGACCCUGAAACACAAUCACUCGUUUAGUUUAGUCGUCACACAGACGGAGGAUUUUAAAAUGUUGAGGAUAAUUAUAGGACACCACAAAAAAAAAAAAGGAUCUAUUUUUGUACAAAUGUAAUUUUAUCCCUUGCUUAUGUAUUCAUACCUCUCUCCUUCCUUUCGUGGGCUGUUGUAUACAUUGUGUAAAUGUUGAUUUGAAAUCAAAAAGAGCGGCUAAAAAUAAUCAGACCUCUUUAAAAGUUGGAUUUGUUGAGGCGGAGAGGUCAGCGGCAGAGACGUCCUCGCAACUUUCGCCUGUACUUUGCCUGUUUUUUUUUUUGUUUGUUUGUUCGUUCGUUUGUUUCCCUUCAUCUGUCACUGAGCGACAGGUUCGUCCUCUCAUAUUUUCAUCUAUUUUUAAGGAAAUGAAAAAGACAUCUGUUAUUUGUGCAUUGUUCUUUGAUGUUCUUUCAUGAAAAAAGAAAAAAAAAUAAAGUUUAAAAUGAAUUGA